AUGGCAGUCAGACUGUGCGAUGUGGCUUCUCUGCUUAGAAGUGGUUCGUGGGCAGCAGAGCCUUGGACUGGGCAGGUAAUUGCUGCCAUGGAGACCCAGCUGUCUAAUGGGCCGACCUGUAACAGCACAGCCAAUGGGCCCUCCUCCAUCUCCAACAACUGCUCCUCACCCGUGGAGUCAGGGAGCGUAGAGGACAGUAAAACCAAUCUGAUAGUCAACUACCUGCCUCAGAACAUGACCCAGGAAGAACUCAAGAGCUUGUUCGGAAGCAUCGGAGAAAUCGAAUCCUGUAAAUUAGUACGAGACAAAAUUACAGGCCAGAGCCUGGGUUACGGGUUCGUGAAUUACGUCGAUCCAAAGGAUGCGGAAAAAGCCAUCAACACCUUAAACGGCCUGCGACUGCAGACGAAAACCAUCAAGGUGUCGUAUGCCCGGCCAAGUUCGGCCUCGAUCAGAGAUGCCAACCUGUAUGUGAGUGGUCUGCCAAAGACCAUGACUCAGAAAGAACUGGAGCAGCUCUUCUCCCAGCACGGCCGCAUCAUUACCUCACGCAUACUGGUCGACCAGGUCACCGGUGUCUCCAGAGGGGUGGGUUUUAUCCGAUUUGACCGGAGGGUAGAGGCGGAAGAGGCCAUUAAAGGGUUAAACGGACAGAAGCCUCCUGGAGCCACUGAACCAAUCACGGUCAAGUUUGCCAAUAAUCCCAGUCAGAAAACCAGUCAGGCGCUGUUGUCCCAGCUGUACCAGUCCCCUAACCGACGGUACCCAGGCCCACUCGCACAGCAGGCCCAGCGCUUCAGGUUGGAUAAUCUGUUAAACAUGGCCUACGGAGUCAAAAGUAGGUUCUCCCCCAUGACCAUCGAUGGAGUGACCAGUCUGGCCGGCAUUAACAUCCCGGGUCAGGCCGGGACCGGCUGGUGCAUCUUCGUGUAUAACCUGGCUCCGGACGCCGACGAGAGCAUCCUGUGGCAGAUGUUCGGCCCGUUCGGGGCCGUGACGAACGUCAAGGUCAUCCGCGACUUCAACACAAACAAAUGCAAAGGCUUCGGGUUCGUCACCAUGACUAACUACGACGAGGCGGCCAUGGCGAUCGCCAGCCUUAACGGGUACCGGCUCGGGGAGAGAGUCCUGCAGGUCUCAUUCAAAACCAACAAAACGCACAAAGCCUAA